UCUGCCUGAGAGGCACCCAAACGAGUGACACUGUUUACAGGAGGGUUGGUGACUUUGCACCGAUCAGUCAGUAUUCCUACCAAUCGAUAAUUCUCCAGGACCCAUCCAUGACGUCGAGUUGUCAUUUUCUUUGGAAAAAGUCAACAAAAAUGUUUACCUAAUGCUUUAAAAACCCGGGUAGCUUCACAUUUGCAGGAAACACAGUGGGUUGCAUUUUUUAAUUUGUAUUGCAAGAAAGAAAAUGUGUCGAGCGCCUUUUCCUGCGGAGAAGCAAAGUGCAGCACGUGUAGUUAGUGUGUUGACCAAUCAGUUGUAGAGCCUCGUGCAGAGGGGUAUAAAUGAGAGGCAGUUGCCGUAGAGACGUCUGCAACUGAAGAGUUGAACGCAAGAACCCGUGAUAUCUCGUAAGGAAAACGUGUGAUGAACACCAAGUUGCAGCAAAGCAUACAAGUGCCUGUUUCCCCAUUAAUGGCCUCUGGACGACACGAUGACUGAUGUGAAAGUCUGUCCCACUGUCAGCGGGAACCCCCUUCCGCCGGAGGUCGUAAACCCCAAGAGUCCUGGCCGUGUAACCAAUCAGCUGCAGUUCCUGGAGAAGGUGGCGAUCAAAGCUUUAUGGAAGCAUAACUUUUCGUGGCCCUUUCGCCAGCCAGUUGAUGCAGUGACACUGCGUCUCCCAGAUUAUUACACAAUCAUAACAAAGCCUAUGGAUCUGAGCACUAUUCAGAAGCGUCUUCAGAACAAAUACUACUGGCAAGCACUUCAGUGCAUACAGGACUUCAAUACCAUGUUCAACAACUGCUAUGUGUACAAUCGGCCUGGAGAUGACAUUGUUUUUAUGGCAAAGACUCUGGAGAAGCUUUUUUUGCAGCAAUUGUCCACAAUGCCCAAGGACGAGUGUGACAUUGCAGCUAUCACUGCAAAGGAGCCAGGGAAAGGGAGGAAGACCAAUGCGGGUGCUAUAAAGCAGAGGUCCCAUGUGUCUGAAGUUGUUCUACAGCAGACCGUGACAGUCAUUCCACCUGAAAUGAGUCGGUUCAUCCCACCCACCCAGCUCUCACAGAUUGAUGCAACAAUUAAAAAAGGUUUUAAGAGGAAAGCGGACAUCAUGACCUCCACCACCUCAGUCCUCACCAGUGGUGACGUCUCCCUCGCUGAGCAUCAUUCAGCACCGUGUGCGUUAUUCUCCAAGAGAGGCAGUCGAAGGCCCAUCAAACCUCCGAAGAAGGACUUGCCAGCCUUGGAGGGCAAGAAGAUCCGACUGUCCGAUCAGCUCCGGUGCUGCGAUGACAUCCUGAAGGAGAUGCUCUCAAAGAGACACUACGCAUGUGCCUGGCCCUUUUACACCCCCGUCGAUGCGGUCACUUUUGGCUUGCACGACUACCAUGACGUCAUCAAGCAGCCUAUGGACCUGAGCUUCAUCAGGAGGAAGAUGGAUCAACGAGAGUACGUAAACGCAAAGGAAUUUGCCGCCGAUGUCCGACUGAUGUUCUCCAACUGUUACAAAUACAAUCCACCAACGCAUGAGGUGGUCGUCAUGGCAAGGAAACUGCAGGAAGUUUUCGAGGCCCGAUAUCUGAAGGUUCCCCAAGAAGAGCGUUGUCCCAUACCUCAUCAGCGAGUUGACAAGGGAAAGAAAGACCGAGUUCAGAAUUCAACCUCUGAAAGCGAAAGCUCCUCAGAGGCAGAGAGUUCCUCCGGAGAGAUGACCACGCAGCUAGCCAAUCUGGAGGAGCAGUUGAAAGCUGUCCGUGACGAGCUGAAGAGACUAACCCAAGAGCCCCUGGUUAAACCUAAGAAGAAAGACAAGUUGAAAAAGGAAAAAAGAGCCAAAGAAAAGGAUAUCCGUCGACUAAAGCACAAGUUCUCAAAAUACAAGUCUGUUGUCGAAAAAAUGGCCAACCGCAAGAGCUCUACUUUGCAUGGCAGCAGACCCAACAUUCAUGGAGUGACUUUAACAUGCGAGGACGACGUCUCAUCAGUACCAGUCACCUACCAGGAGAAAAAACAGUUGAAAUUGGACAUCGACAAGCUGCCUGGUGACAAACUGGGCAAUUUGGUGAACAUCAUUCAUGCCAGGGAGUCCUGCAUGCAAAGUUCCACCCUGGAGGAGAUCGAGGUGGACUUUGAGGUGCUGAAGCCCUCCACACUGAGAGCCCUGCAGAGGUUUGUCGCAGCAUGUCUGAGGGAGUGCAACGAGGACACUCGCAAAAACAAGCUGGUGAAGCCCACAGGAGGUUUGCCGACUGGCAAACUAAAGGAUGCUGGGACAUCACAGGCUGCCAACAAAGAGCAGCACUUGAUUAAGAAAAAAAAGCUAUUAGCUAAAAUCAUGGCGGCUCCUGCCCUCGGCUGCCCUUCAUACCUCAGUGAAAUCAGCAGCAACAGCUCUGGCAGCAGCAGCAGCAGUCAUUCCAGCACGUCCAACAGCAGUGACUCUGAAUCAGUGCCAAAAGCAAAGAAGACGAAAAGCAAAGACUCUUGCCAGAAGAUUAAGACGAAGGUGACUCGUGCUGCCAGUGGCAAGUGGAUAUCGGAGGCCAAAGACUCGACAAAAGCCUCGGUCAAGACUUGUCCGGCUUCUCUUGCUGUGCAGUCCUCGGUGACGGAAACCAGAGGACACCCAGCACACCGUGAGGAGCUGACUUUAUCUCCUCCAGAUCUGUCUGCCCUUUUAUCCCCCAUGACAUCUCCGGGAGUUGUGCUGGACUGGACUGCCACCAGAUUUGAGCAGGGCCCGGUGCUGUCCCCUCUGAGAGACGGCCCGGUGCUGUCCCCUCUGAGAGACGGCCCGGUGCUGUCCCCUCUGAGAGACGGCCCGGUGCUGUCUCCUCUGAGAGACGGCCCGGUGCUGUCUCCUCUGAGAGACGGCCCACCGCAGUCCAAAGAUGAGACCAGGUCCAAUUCCAGAUACCCGGAGGACUUCCCUGACAGCCGGCUGACCAAUGUGCCUUACACCAACACAGCCAGUAACUCUGCUGAAGAGGAAAAAAACCCAGUUCCCAAAAAGGAUAUUGUUCUGAAAAAUGCUGAGUCUUGGGCGAAACUGGUGCAGCAGUCAGUCACUGCGACUGCAAUCAAGUCCUCAAAGGAGAGCUUCCAGAAGUUCCGUAGGGCUGCCAUAAAGAAGGAAGAACGCGAAAAAGCCCUGAAGAAGAAACAGAUGGGCGACAGCACGGAGAGGGAGGCUCCUGAGAAGAGCAGCUUACCGGGCCCACGUGGAGCAGAAACGAACCCACAACCUAUCAAGGAGGAUCCCGAUUCACCGGAGAGCAUUUGCACAGAAGCUACCCCGGACGCUGCAAAAGAUGUGGAGCAGCAAACGUCUACCGCAGAAACGCAGCCUGUGGCCACACAGUCGCCGGUGGACCGGGAGAGAGAGCUGGCCCGCAGGAAGGAGCAAGAACGCCGCAGACGAGAGGCUAUGUCUGGUAUUGACAUGACUCGGCAGCGGGACAUCAUGACUUCAUUUGAACUGAACCUGGACUAAAAGACUCGGCGAAUAGCUCCAGCUGCUGCUUCUUUCUCGGGCACAAAAGACAACUUCAACAUCAACCGUAUGCAUGUCCCUGAGACUAGAAAAUAAAACGGUAAACAGCUGAUGCACUGUUGAAUUGGAGAUGAUUGGGGUGUCGCACUGUCAAACUUAAUACCUGGAGGUAAUCUGUACAGCGUGUUUUUCUGUUCUGUUCGUGUGGAUGAGUCCUCCUGCUGCUGACAGUUGUGUAUGACGAGCUAAUUCAUGCAUUCAUACACUGAAGUUCAAACGCCACCUUGUCUAGUUUGCUGAAAUGUGUUGUUUAGUUCUUCUGCUACAUUAUUCCAUUUGAUGAACCCUUACCACCAGUUUUCAGUUCACCCCGACAUUAAUGUCGACAAAACAGCCGUUUAUAUAUUUACGUUACAUGCACGUAUGACUUGUUUUGUUGUUGUCAUUGCACAAAAGUAAAUACAAGUUUUGAAUAGAAGGUGGGUAGGGUCUCGUCAAGAGUUUCCAGUGUUGAACUGAAGUUAAUAAUGUCAGUUCCUUAUUUGCCUGACUACUUGAAAAGUACACGCACUGCACUUUGUUGUUCAUACAGUUCUGGCUGUUCCAAAGUUGUGUUUGGAGAUUAUCAGCAUGUUCUGUAUGUUACGUUUGUAUAUGCUGAAUAAAUAAGAAUUUCUUUCUUUCUUCUUUUUUUUUUUUUUUUUUUUUUUUUUU